UUAGCAAGUGAUGAUGUUAGUGGUUUAUCCACUUUUUUUUUGUCAUGUGCUCAUUUUUCUUCAUUUUUCUUACAGAUCUAUGGCAGUCAAAUACUUCUACAAAAGGAGCAUGCUAUUCCAGUUCGUCACUUUGCUAAAGAGUCUGCCCCUCCUGCCCUUAAGGGAGACGAGAUGCUGAAGAACAUUUUUGUGGAGGUGAAGAACAAAUUUGAGACCGCCAUAGGAAUAUUAAAGAAGGAGAAAAUCACCAUUGACCCAGAAGAUCCAGCUGUUGUUUCUCAUUAUGCAAAGGUCAUGAAAACAAUUAGAGAGAAGGCAAGCUUAUUGCCGGAGUCCCAAGACAUAGUAUCCACCAUUGAAAUUGAGACACAGGAUAUUCCAGAUGCUCGGACCUAUCUUCUGACUUUGAAGGAAAUAAGAGUCAAGAGAGGUCUUACAGAUGAUCUUGGUGCAGAGGCUCUGAUGAUAGAUGCAUUGGACAAAGUUGAAAAGGAUUUAAAAAAACCUUUACUGAGAAAUGAUAAGAAAGGAAUGGACCUUCUCUUGGCAGAGUUUGAUAAGAUUAAUAAGAAACUUGGAAUUCGAAAGGAAGAUCUACCGAAGUAUGAAGAGGAGCUAGAACUUAAAGUAGCCAAAGCACAACUGGAGGAGCUGAAGAAGGAUGCUCUUGAGGCAAUGGAAACUCAAAAGAAGAGGUACUACUAAUGAUAUCAUUUCUUGCUCUUGAAUU